AUGUUCGGAGUCGCCACCACAAUCGCUCCCUUGUACGGUGUGCUCGUCAGCGACAAGAGCCACUUGGUGGGCGAGCGUAGGCUCGUGAAGCGCGACUACGCGACACUCAUGGCCCACAAGACCCUCGCCGACACUAAACUUCCGCCGGAGCUCAUCGACCAGAUCAGCGAUGAGUUGUUCAAGAUGGAGAUGGCCAUCGUCGAGUGGAAGUGGUGGGACGAUCUUCCGCAUCAGGAAAAUUAUGCCAAGUUCAAAUACCGCACCGGCACUGAGACGAAUUUUGAGCUGAACGCUCUAAGCAAGGGUGUAAGUCAAGCUCGCUGA